CGUAUCGAUGGUCGUCGGUAAUCGUGUACGGAAUUUAGGCCCUGGUAUGGACUUUAAUCAUAAUGACUUUAAUGCCCGAUUUCUUCACAUCCAGUUAUGUUACGGUUAAAGUUAAACGGGAGACAACUACCAGAUCCAUGCACGUGAUUGGCCAAAACUUGAGAUUAACCUCCUGAUAAUUUUAUCGGGAAGUGAAAAAAUCGGCCAUAAGAUGUUUACUAUGCUCGACACGUGAGACUAUUAAAGAAUGAGACUAAAAAAAGGAGAGAUAUCCAUACUAAGGAGGAAAAGAAACUCCAAAGUUUCUCAAACGUCGGUUAACUGCCAACCGAAGGUUAACUUAUUCUCUUCUUAGAUAACGAAAUAGAAAUAAAUAGGAAUUGUUGACUGGUUAAACAGUUGACCGACGUUUGUGAAACUGGCCCUAAAUUCGAUCGUUCGAGAAGCGAUUUAUGGCAAUACUUAAGUGCAACAUGGCAGAGGUGGCAGUAAAUUUGAAAUCUGUCUGCGACAAGAUAUCGCGUGCUGCCGCGAAGAGAGCACAGGAACAUCAGUAUUGCGAGCCGCGGCUGGUAGCAGUCAGCAAACUGCAACCCACGAAGUCGAUAGUAGCCGCGUAUCGGGCCGGUCAGCGACAUUUCGGUGAAAAUUACGUGAACGAGCUGAUGGAGAAGGCUUGCAGCCCCCUGGUCUUUGAGCAAUGCAAAGAAAUUCAAUGGCACUUUAUAGGCAGUUUGCAGAGGAACAAGGUCAACAAGGUUUUAAGUGUACCAAAUUUGUAUAUCAUAGAAACUGUCGGUAGCGACAAACUUGCCAGCGCGCUCAAUAAUUCGUGGCCGAGGUUUCGAAAGAGCGACGGCAGCAAGUUAAAUGUCAUGGUACAAGUUAACACGAGUCAGGAAACGGAAAAGCAUGGUUGCGACAUUGCAGAAGUAUCAACCCUUGUGAAGUAUAUCAUACAGGAAUGUCCUAAUUUAAAAUUUAAGGGCCUCAUGACGAUAGGAAUGUUAGGGUACGAUGUCUCGAGUGGACCAAAUCCUGAUUUUGUUUGCUUAACGGUAUGCAGAGAAAAGCUGCGCGACAAAUUGGGAAUCGAUAUAAGGGAUAUCGAAUUAUCAAUGGGGAUGUCCAAUGAUUACGAACAUGCGAUUGAAUUGGGUAGCACAAGUGUGAGAGUGGGACGUGCCAUUUUUGGCGUUAGGCCACGAAAGAAUUAAAAAGACGCAGUAUAAAUGGUGCAUUUAAUCAACAAUUUUACCUCUAGGACAAAGGAUCUAUCUUAAAUUAAAGGUAUAAUUGUAUAUGUAUCUUGACAUGUAUAUACAAUGAAUACUUCUUCUGUAGUAGGCACAAUUUAAUUUUUAUUAUUUUUGUUAGCAAACAAUUUUGUUAUUCUAAAAAUGUCACAAUCAAAUAUUUUCUCUAAGAUCUUUACCUCAAUUCUCAUUCUUAUUCCGAUAUACAAAGUAAACACGUGUUACGUGCUCUAUCUUUUGCUCGUUUUGUAACUUCAGUCUGUUGGCAAAUGAAUACUAAAGAGGCAGUACAAAAGAACAAUUCUGAUUGUGAAAAAAUAACUAAA